AUGGGGAGCUAUGCAAGAUUUGGGAGGGAGGAAGGCUAUUAUAUCUUGGGAGAGGUUGACCCAGUAAUGACCCCCAUCACAGUGAAUUUCCAGUGGGCAUCUGGAGUUCAGAUCCCAGAAACCAUGGCCCCCAUUCCUUCACCUCUUACAGCAGCCCACCAAAACUUGGCUUCGAAGAUCUUCUGUUUGUGCUGCAGAGACUGUGAGGACCCCCGGGCCAUGGAUGACCCCAAGGCCCCCAGUGAACCCCAGGAUCAGCAGCCAUCCACCUGCAGUUUGCAGAAGGAGGGGCUGGACAGCAAGAAUUCGAAGCAUGCUAACGAAGCCUCCCACUCGCCUUUGGGACAACCUCUGAUCCACCCAGAAAAGAGAGCCUCCACCACCAGCAACAAUGAGUAUGAAGAACUGAAUACACACGUCUCCCAAAGAGGUUUCUGCAAGAGAAACCUAAACCGCUACUCCCGGGACCGCUGGCCAUUCCAGCCGUGUCACAUCGGGAGGCCCUGA